AUCGUUCGUACAACGUACCAGUGUCAAACGGAACGGCGCGGGCGCUGUGCGUGUUGAUCAGACUGUAUAAAUAUUUGCGAGCGUAUUCGCAUUUUAGCGGGAAAUACUUACAUUAAUUACUUUUGUUUUUAAAUUCCAACUAUGAGUCUUGAAAUAAGGAACAAAAAAGUGACUGAAACGUUUGAAAAGUAUAAAAUUGCAGAAUGGGGAAAUGGCAAUGGAAGACCGUGUGCCCAAGUGGCGACCAACGUGGUGGAACAGAAACACCAGGUGUCCAGAGCCAAGAGGAGUAGAGCCCUCGGCAGUAGGGCGUUUAGAGGCAGCACGGUGUGGUUCACAGGUCUCAGCGGUGCCGGCAAGACCAGCAUAGCGUUCGCGCUCGAAGCUUACCUGGUUUCGAAAGGUAUCCCAGCUUACGGGCUGGACGGUGACAACAUCAGAACCGGCCUGAACAAGAACCUCGGCUUUACUAAAGAGGACCGCGAGGAGAACAUCAGGCGAGUGGCCGAAGUGGGCAAGUUGUUCGCCGACAGCGGUGUCGUCUGCCUGUGCAGUUUUGUGUCGCCUUUCGCUGAGGAUCGUGAAGUAGCACGUCGCAUCCACAUUGACUCCGACCUGCCGUUCUUCGAAGUGUUCAUUGACACACCGUUGGAAGUGUGCGAACAACGAGACACUAAGGGCCUAUACAAGAAGGCGAGGGAAGGACAGAUUAAGGGUUUCACAGGCAUCACACAGGAGUAUGAGAGGCCCGAGGCGCCUGAGCUGGUGGUGCAGACGGUGGGCCGCUCCAUCGAGGAGUCCACCAUGGAUGUCAUACACCUGCUUGAAUCCGAGGGCAUCAUCCCUCGCUUCGACAACCAUCUCACGGAAGUUGAGGAGUUGUUCAUCUACGGCAACAGACUCACAAGCGCCAUCGAGGAAGCCGCUACACUACCGCAAAUUGAACUGACCACGCUCGACUUGCAAUGGGUCCAGGUUUUGUCUGAAGGUUGGGCCUAUCCGUUGAAAGGAUUUAUGAGGGAACAUGAAUAUUUGCAAGUAUACACAUAUAUAGAUCACAGAGGACAUCGUGAUUUAAUUUUUUUAGUAGACAUCCCUGUAAUCUUCACCGGAGGACACCUGCGAAUGGUAUACUUGCUGCGCGCGCCCGAGUUCUACCCGCACCGGCAAGCGGAGCGCUGCUGUCGCCAGUUCGGCAUCGACCACGCCGGACACCCUUACAUCAAGAUGAUCAAAGACUCCGGGGAUUGGUUGGUGGGUGGUAAUCUGGAAGUGUUUGAGCGUAUCCGUUGGAACGACGGACUGGACUCGUACCGUCUCACGCCCAACGAACUGAGGAAGAAGUUCAAGGAACUGCAAGCUGAUGCCGUGUUUGCUUUCCAGUUGAGAAAUCCUAUACACAACGGCCACGCUCUCCUUAUGCAAGACACACAGCGUCAACUCGUCGAGAGGGGAUUCAAGAAGCCUGUACUCCUUCUGCAUCCGCUCGGUGGCUGGACUAAAGAUGACGACGUUCCGCUGGAGGUGCGCAUCAACCAACACAAAGCCGUGUUGAAUGAGGGAGUGUUAGACCCCAACUCUACAGUGCUGGCUAUCUUCCCCUCGCCCAUGAUGUACGCCGGACCGACCGAGGUGCAAUGGCACGCCAAAUGCCGUAUGAACGCGGGCGCCAACCACUACAUAGUGGGUCGCGACCCGGCGGGGCUGCCGCACCCGGCCGGCGGCGGCGACCUGUACGACCCGCGACACGGCGCCAUGGUGCUCAAGGCCGCGCCGGGACUCAACGAUCUUGAGAUUAUUCCAUUCCGCGUCGCCGCUUAUGACACGUCUGUUGGCAAAAUGGCGUUCUUCGAUCCUACCCGCAAAGAGGACUUUGACUUCAUCUCCGGGACUAGGAUGAGAGGACUCGCCAGAGCAGGCAAGGAGCCGCCCAAAGGCUUCAUGGCCCCAACAGCGUGGAAAGUGCUGUCAGAAUACUACCAAUCACUUAAAUCCAAGAUGGACACCAACUAAUACAACCUGACAAGUAUAGGAUAACGUGCACCUAAUAUUAAAUUAUUGUUGGGGUUGUAUUCCAGAUUUAAUUAUUGUAUGUUAUUAUAUUAAUUAAAAAAGAUAAGGUAUGACCUAAAUAGAUAUUAAAAUAUUAUUAGUACAUUUUACAUUAUCUGUGGAUAAAUUAUAGCUCUGGAAUUGAAGGAAAAACGAUAUUUCGCACAAACUCACAGUAUUUAUUCCACUGUUGCGUACUUAAAAUUUUUGGUGCGAUGAGUGCAAUAUAUUUUGUUUGAUAUUUUAGCUUUUAUUAUAUUUUAGAAUAAGAUUUACAUUCCUAUGUGACAUUUUAUAGAUUUGUGUACACGUACACAUUCCAUUUGCGUUUUUUGACUUGUAAUUAAUUGCUGAAAAUGUAUUGCUUUUGUAUUAUAUCUGUUAGAUCAUGUUUUAUUCGUAAUGUUAUCGGGACGUAUUGUUAACGUGUAAGAGGUUUAAUAUAAACUGUUGUAAUAAUAGUGAAUCACGGUGCUUCUAAAGCGACAUAUUUAAUAUACAAAUAAAUAGUAUUAAAUGCA